UCGAUUGGGGAGGGUUGGCGCUAAUCGAAAGCGCCGCGUAGAGGUAUACCAGCUGGGCCGGCAGAGCGCGUGCGGUCCCUCGGCCCGCAAUGCAUGGCAGCGCGGCCUCCGCGCACGACGUCCCGACAACGCCCGCCGCGCCAGCGCGCCCCGUCCGAUGCCCUGCCUCGACGCCCACGCGAUCCCGGCCACGCCCGCUGGAGAGUCCGCUCGGGCUGCAGCGGACCGCAGCUGAGAACCCCUGCACCAUGAAGCCACGGAGGACCCUGCUUCAACCAACAUGGGUAAUGGCAUGAACAAGGUGCUGCCGGGGGUGUACAUCGGCAACUUCCGAGACUCCAAGGACCCCGAGCAGCUACAGGCCAACAACAUCACGCACAUCAUAUCCAUCCACGACACGGCCAGGAAGCUGCACGAGGACAAGGAAUAUCUCUGCAUCCAGGCUUCAGACACCCCCGGCCAGAACCUGUCGCAGUUCUUCUCCCAGUCCAAUGACUUUAUCCACCACGCUCGAAUGGAAGGCGGCAACGUCCUCAUCCAUUGCCUCGCAGGAGUGUCUCGCAGCGUGACGAUCGCCGUAGCCUACGUGAUGUCCGUGACCAGCCUCAACUGGCGUGAAGCACUCAAGGCCGUGCGCGGAGCCCGGAGUAUCGCGAAUCCGAACUUCGGGUUCCAGAAACAACUGCACGAGUACGAGUGCAAGAAACUGCACGAGGAACGCAAGAGGCUACGGCAGAAGUUCCCGCGCGAGAGCUUCUGUGAGGACGAGCAGGAGUGCCGCAAGCUGCUGGCGGCAUACCACAACUCUGUGCGGCCCCUGGAGCCCAGCCCAAGCAUAUGCCGGCGCACGGGCACCCAGGGCUUGACGCCUCCUUCGUCGCCCCGCAGGCGCCGUCAUCGCAGCCCGUCUCCGUCGGCCGGCCCUUCAACGAGCUACGCCAGGCCGCCCUGAGUGCGGCCCGGACACCCGAAGGGUGGUUGCAGCUCGCCGGGCCAGCUUGGCUCGCACGGGCGGCCACACUCCCUCGUUGUUUUACCUUUGACCCACGGCAUACAUUGCUACUAUCCGCUUGGGAACCAGUCUCGCCCCAAAAUGGCGGCGCAGCGGGCUCAAUGUGUGUGCUGGAGGAACCAUUGAGCGAAACUGAUGCCUUUUCUGUUCAUGCCCACGCCGAAUUCGCGGGAGGUCAAGCUGCUCGUCCUAUCGAAAAAAAAAAACGGAGGCACCCUAGCCGCAUUCAAGCUUUUCACUAACAAAGGUGCGCACGGAAACGUUUUGAGAUCAGUUAAGCAUAAGAAAAACGUGAACAAACGAGUAGCGUCGGACGAAAAGCGAAGGUCGCUUCGCUUUGAGUGUGGCAACAGUUGAAGUUUAUUAUAGAACUGCCGGCGAAAUCGGACCCUCUGGAAACGCGUCGUUGCUCGCCCUUUCCUUUUCUUCCUUGAUAUGAGGAAAGAAUUCACGUAUGUUUUGGCUGAAACAAACAAAAAGAAGCGUGAUAACUGCGUUAUUUAGAACAUAAUAUUUUUGUAGUUCGUAGCAUGAGAAUUGAUGGCAGCGACGAGAGAAACGGCUGCCUGAUUGUCAUGAUAGCUUUGUUGCUAAAAGUCCUCCAAGCAUGUCGCUUUCUUUAUUUUAUCGUGUGGGCGUAGCAUGAUUGUCUCGCUGUUGAUUGUGUACUAUUCUGUAAGCGACGUGGUUAGUCCACAGAGGUUAACACAGCUGUCAUACAUCCCCGAGUGUCGAUCAAAAUAGCGUGUUUGACAUGGUGUUGAUGAAUGAGAACUGAAGAUGUGGAAACGGCAAAAACCAGUGCUCAAAACAACGGCGAAAAAAGUGGACAGGCUGGCGUCUCGAAAAGGCACAGGAACGUUGUAGACAGCUGUUCAAAGUUUUAUUCAGUGCUGUUCCCAGCUCCCUAUAGUUGUUCAUUGUCAUUAUCAAACGUAGCAGGCUUAGUAGCGAUGUAGCUUGCUUCAACGACGAUCAUCGUCUUGAAAUAGAUAGCAAAAAGUUCGUGACAGACCCAAGGACAUCAAAAAGGUGCUUAGCAUACCUCACCUGUUUGAAAGAGACGCUUGUUGUUGCUGGGAGAGCAAAAAAUAUGUGUUGUGACAUUUUCCACUGACGUAGCUCACGCCGCUCAUGGGAGUUCGGUUGAUGUCAAAUCUUGUGGUGCCUUUCUUGUUGGAGACUGCCUCAGUGUUGUUGAUUCGUUUAUUGGCAGUUACCGCUGAGUUGUACGAUGUUAAGACAUGUUCAUGCGUCGUGCGUAAAGGGUGUCGCAUCGUAGGUUCACACCCACGUCGGUGCACGGUCAAAGACACUUUGGGCUGCGCACGUACAACAACCGUCCAUACCUUAUCGCGCGUAUCCCUCCUUGAAAGUAGAAGAGGAAAGGAACAGGGAUAGGCUUUGUGUUCAGCCGUGAGAAGGUCCAAGAGGUUGAUGAAAGAGCAGUCAUAUCAAACACAAAUGCACAGUCUCAAUGUUGGGAGCACCGGAAAUUCGACUUGACGAGAUUAGACGCCGCAGCCACCAAAAAAAGAACGAGAAACAAACUCAUGCAGAUAUUGAUACAUGGGUGAUUUCCGCAUCAAUUGUGUGGUGGAAACACUCAUGCAAAACGCCUCUAAGCGUACGACUCUUGAUCAACACUUGCGCUAUCUUUACUCGUUGCAAAUUUGUUCGAUAAUUAUGAUAGCAUAAAAUACACAGAACCACGAAGCUAGCGCCCUUGCUAUCAUAGAAUCUAGGAAAUGGAGCGAUCUGUCUCAAGUUUUCCCUUCAAUAUAUGAUAGAAUCACUGAGACAUGCGGUGGUCUAGGCAAGUGCACGAGCUGUAGGUACGAAGCCGAUUCGUUUCGUUGGGACUGCGGUACCUGACAACCUCUUGCGCCUACUCUCGCGUCUGAUAUUUGUGUGUGCAAGGUCCAACGAGUUUAUUUGUUUGCAUGUGUUAUGUCCUUUGAAGAAAACGAGCAUAGAGGACACAAAUGAUCGAGAUAAAUGCGAAGAGUGAGGGCCAAUCUUCACCUGAAAACAAAGGAAAACGUUCACGUCAGCGAAACGCUGUCCUGACUUGUCGCUGCGACGACGUGUCUCAAAGGAGACCUAGCUGCUCGGUUGCCAUCGCUCCGGAGUGAUAUCACAAAAUACCGUUCGGAGAGGACACAGAUCAUAAAGCUACGUGGAAGUUUGUUAAGCACAACAAGGACUCUUUUUUUUUUCUUUACGCAGCCGUUACAAGACAGCGUAGUCGCGGACGACAAGGAAAAUCACAUCAAUCAAACACUUCCACGUGGUUUAGUGAGGUUCAUAAACACGCUAAACACGCAUGAGCCCAUUCCGUACGGUCCUAUGUAUCGCUUAUAACUUCUUUUCAACGCACCUGUUGUAAUAUCAAGACGACACGCACAAUUUAGAGCCUAGAUUUUUCCUCUCGAUAUCGCUUGAGAAAUACAUAUAUGACGCGUGCUGGGUCUUUGUGUCGAGUAUCGUUCAUAAAAAAAAAGGGCGCUUCAACUAGCCCUCAUUGAGACAAGUUGUUUACGUGGUUUUGUAAGCCAUGCGAAAGAUGUAGUCACGCUAUUCUUUCAUGUGGCCGAAACUUCUGCACUGUUCGUUCACCGCUAGCGCACGACGCUCGGCUUGAUUAUAUUGAUGACGAGGAACGUUGUAGUGCAGCAGUCUAACGAGACGACUAGGAAUAAGUUUAUUCGAGAACCUAGCAAAGCGCGGGCAUCGAAGUUUUCUUAUAGUCACGACAAUUUAGAACCAAAGGGCCUAUUUUUUUUUUAAGAAACGAUGACCCAGAGUACAGAGCCGCUUACACGCGAAAUGCAAAUUGGUUAGAAGCGUGGAUGUAAGAAACUCUGUCGUUAGAAUAUUCCCGCCCAGAAAAUAAUAUGUAUAAGAUAAAGGAAAACGACUCAAUGUUGUGUAUUUGAAAUGCCGGAGCGUACUAAUACCACCGCUUUCUGACCGCAGACUUCAAGCCACAGUUUGGCCAUCCCAACGAUAGCGCUAUGUUUUUCGCGCAAAAUAUCAGCAGCCUCGCAAUACUUUGAGUCAACACGUGAGACACUCUCGCAGCUUAUCGAAUGGGCAGGCUUUAGCCGAGUGAGAAACGGGCACGAAGAAUAGGUGAAAGGAGGCCGAUUGCUCCAAACGCACCACUCGAACAGCUUUUUCUUUUUUGUCGUUGUUGUUGGAGUUCAAUUACAUUUGUUAUUAUUUUUUUUCCCUUAGCAUCUCGCUACGUGCUCAUCGCCUCGAUGCAGGCGUCGAAUUCAGGCUCGAGAAUUGUCCUAGGAAAAGCUGUGCGGCGUCAGAGUAUAGCAUUACACUUUUGUCGCUGUGAAGGGA